GCUACCCACCCACACGUGCAACCACCAGGCCACUCGCCGAGCUCGCUCCUUCGCCUGCCUUCGUCCCUCCAUAUAUCUAUACCUCGCUCCUCUCCUCCUUCCCAUCUCACACAAACAAACACAGAUCUGCUGGCAGCAACAACAUCCAAGAACGAGAAGUAAACACAAGAGAUCUAUCCACAAGAUCAAAAUGGCGCCGGGCGUCGGUCGCUCCAUCUCCUUCCCGCUCAGCCCGGCGAGCUCCUCCAAGCCCCGCGCCGCCGCGUGCCACGCCCGCUCCAUCAGCCUCCCGUGCCGCUCCCACCCGCUGCUAGCUCACCUGCAAAGCAAGAUCGCCGCCGUCCACGCCUGGGUCGCCGACCCCACCGAGCCAUCCUCGGGCCUCGCCCACAUCGACGCGCUCCACACCGCGCUCGCCGAGCUCCUCCUCCUCCCGGAGACCCAGGACGCGGUCCGCGGCGCAACGGCCGCAUCCGACCGCCUCCUCGACGCCUUCCUCCUCCUUGCCGACGCGCACCGCGGCUUCCAGGAGACACUCCUCGCACUCAAGGCGGACGUCGCGGACGUUCAGGUUGCCCUGAGGAGGCGCGACGCAGCCAGGCUCGCGUCCGCCGCGCGAUCUCAGCGCAGGAACGAGAAGGAGCUCGCGCGCCUCGCCGCCACCGUCUCCCCCGGCGCGGUCUUCAAGUGCGCUCGCCUGGGCCUUGGCGGCGCCACCGCCGAGGAGACCGAGAUGGCCACCGCGCUCAUGGAGGCGGCCGCUGCCAGUGCCGCGGCUUCCGCGGCCGUGUUCUGGGCGGCCGCGUCGAUAGCGGCCGCGGCGUCCUCUUCCAAGAAGACAGCGGCGUUCGCUGCCUUCGCCAAGAAAGCCGCACCGGAGACGGCCGAGGUGGCGCCGGAGAAGAUGGAGGAGCUUGAGCAAUGCAUUGAUGAGUGCGAGAGCGACAGCGAGAAGGUGUUCAGGAGCAUUAUUCGGACUAGGGUUUCGCUGCUCAACAUUCGUACUCCGGCAAUUUAGAAUGAGAAAAGGAGAAGGAAAAGCUAACUGU